GUCUCCUUUCUUUACUUCUCAUUAUUGUUGUUUUCACAUAUUUUACGCAGCUCUGGUGUGGCUUGUUGGCUUAAAUGUAGCUGCCUGGUUUCCUUUUUCGCGCUGUUGACUUUGUUUUCCAUCUUUUUUCAAGUGCUGUUUUCCUCUUCAGCAGUCGUUCUUUUAGUUGUUGUUGGAUUUCUCCGUCUCGCGACGUUCCUUUCCUUUUUUCUUUCUUUGUUUGUCGUACUGCCUGCAUCGACGCCCCAUCGUCAUUCUGAACUUGAUGGAUUGACGAAAGGACUUCUUUUUUGGUUUUUGUGCCGGAAACCACAAAAAAUUCUUCAAAAGAACUACUGUAAUAUUGUGUUGCUUUCAUUGUCUGUGUGGAUUUUACACACACACGCACACGCUGAGUUUUUUUUAAUGCAUAAUCAUUUCAAAGUACUUUCUUCAUUCUGACUUUCCCUUUCCAUCAGUGUCAGCUGAACGUCGCGUGCUGCCGAUACGUGUUCUCUCCCCACCCGAUCACAAGUCUAACGUUUGGUGGUAAGUGGGCAGUGACAGCCUCUUUGACAUCUCACCUUUUCUUUCUUUCAUCCUCACGUAUACACUUGCGUUGUAAUGCCUCUCUUUAUCAUUCUCUUCGGUGCCCCUGGCAGCGGGAAGGGUACGGUGAGUGAGCGGCUGGUGAGGCAAUACGGCUUCGUGCACCUCAGCGCGGGAAACCUGCUGCGCGAGGAGGUGCGGGCGAAGACGCCACUGGGUCUCCAGUGCAAGGCGAUUAUGGCAGAGGGCAACCUGAUCCCGGACGCGCUCGUGGUAGAUCUCGUGUGCAACCGCCUAAGGCACCCCAGUGUGCAGGAGAACGGUGUCUUGCUGGACGGCUUCCCCCGCACGCUGCGCCAGGCCGAGGAGCUCUCUCGGCGCGGCUUCAAGUUUGACAUGAUGGUGUUUCUCGAUGUGACGCCGGAAGUCUUGCUAAACCGUUGUCUGUCCCGACGUCUGGAUCCGGUGACGGGACGCAUCUACAACCUCAAGAGCGACCCGCCGCCGGAGGACAUCGUGGACCGUCUGCAAAUCCGCUCCGACGACACCAAAGAGAAGCACGAACACCGCAUGACGAUUUACAAUAAGCAGAAGGAGGCGCUCAUCAAACACUACGAUGGCAUCAUUGUGGAGAUCGAUGCCGACCGCGAUAUCAAGGCCGUGUUUAAGGCACUGCGAAGGGAGAUCAACACAGCGUUUCAAAAGAAAGGGCGCGCCAUGGCGAUGUCGAAGCUGUAG